AUUUGUACAGAAUAUAUAAUUGUCAAAUUGACAGCAUAUAACAGCUAAUCAUAAUUUAAACCAAACAAAAGCCAAUUUCUGUGUUAUUAUUAAUGAUAAUAUGUGAUAAAUUGUGAUUCCCCUAAUCUUAUAAUCAUGGUUCUCGCCCACGAUAUUACACAAGGGUUAAGAACUCAAGAUGUUCAAGUAUCCGAAGAUAUAACCUUCGAUACCAUGCUACUUGCACCGAAUACUUUGGAAGGUCUGACCAACGCUGGGUUUUACAAACCUUCACCUAUCCAAUUACAUGGCAUACCCUUAGGAAAAUGUGGAUUUGAUCUUCUACUUGAGGCUAAGUCAGGUACUGGCAAAACAGCAGUCUUCACUAUUAUAGCUUUGGAGAAAAUAAGUUUAGAAAUAGGUGUGCAAACAAUUAUUUUAGCACCAACAAGAGAAAUUGCUUAUCAAAUAUGUGAUGUCAUUAAACAAAUUGGUUUAAAAUAUGAAAAACUAAAUGUUGAAGUUAUUAUAGGGGGUCUACCUGUCCAAGAGGAUAUAGUAAAAUUUAAAUCACCUGUACAAGUAGUAGUUGCUACCCCUGGAAGGCUGCGACAUUUAAUACAAGCUAAACACAUAGAUGUAUCAGCUGUUAGAUUAUUAAUUCUUGAUGAAGCAGAUAAGUUAAUGGAUAAAAGUUUUCAGACAGAUAUUAACUAUAUUUUUAAAUUUUUGCCCAAAGAAAAGCAAGUUAUAAUGAGUAGUGCAACAUACCCUGAACAACUCAAAACUCUCAUGAAGCUGUAUGUUCAAAAUGCACAACAUAUAUGUCCUGACAGUACAAAUAUACUCUUAGGAAUCAAACAAUUUAUUAUUACCGUAAAAUAUAAUUCUAAUAUUGUAAAGCAAACACAAUUCAGAUUUGAAGAGUUGUUGAAAAUACUGUCAAAAAAACACUUCAAGCAAUGUUUGAUUUUUUGCAAUUAUCAAGUUAGAGUUAGAGACUUGUGCAAGAUGCUCACGCGUGAAAAAUGGCCUGCCGAACAGCUUCAUGGCCAGCAAGACCAAGCAGAUCGUUUAGAUGCACUGAAAACAUUACAGGAAUAUAAAUGCAGGAUAUUAGUAUCUACAGACUUAGCAGCAAGGGGUAUAGAUGCCUCCAAUGUUGACCUGGUCAUCAAUUUUGAGCCACCAUUAGAAUGGCAGGUAUAUUUACACAGAAUUGGACGCGCAGGAAGGUUUGGUUCUUACGGUAUGGCUGUCACUAUACUGAGUAAAGGAGAUGAAGAGCUUAAAUUUAAAAAAGUCAUGUCAGCAAUUAAUGUUGAUUUGAGAAACUUCUGGGAUGAAGAAAAAAAUAUUCUUAAUAAUGCAGAACAUACCACUAGUGAAUACAGUGAAUUAUUCAAUAAAUUAACUAGUAAUGUGCAGUGUGAUGGAGUAAUAGAAAAUGUGGAAAUACUACGCAAUACGUCAGCUUAUCCUCUGGAAAGUAAGAUUGAGUCCUUUGAUGAAUUACUAUCUCAUUUUGAAUCCCAUGAAUUUAGUUCCUCACUUGAUUUGAAUAUCGAAUGUAAUAAUAAUAAUAAUUCUAUUUCAAACGCAUUGGAUACUGAUGUUUCUCCUAAACUCAACUUAAAUAAAACUACAAACGAAGAACUUGAAGAAAAUUUAUUACUAAUUCGAAAUAUUUUUCAUACUGGCAAAGAUCAAAACUCUACGAGCAGCAGUAAAGAAAUACCUAGCAGUAAAGAAAAGAUGCAGCAUGUGAUAGAAUGCAAUAAGAGGAAUGAAUUACCUUCAGAAAAUGUUGUCGAUAUAGACAAGGAAAUACAAGAUUUAGGAUCGGAGGACACUGAUAAAGCACUAUUAGCUGCUGGACUUCCAACUUUCUUUAAUUCUUCAAAAAUGCAAAGAAAAGAAAAGAGACUGCAAACAAGAAUGGAACUUUCAAAUAAUAGAAAUCGAAGAAAAGAUAUUGAUUUACAGCAGGAUUCCAAGGUUAAUAAAGUUCAGAGUUUUGCAAAAUUCAGUAGGAUAGAAGAAGACAAAAUCAGACUUCAAAAUGUCGGAGUAGAUUCUAAUUUGUCUGGUAGAUACAUUAAUAAAGAUGUGAAACCUAUUGAUAAAUCUAAGAAGGUACAGGAACUCAAAACGCAAAAUUAUACACAAAUAAAUGAAUAUCAUGUUAAUUCCCAAACUUAUGUAUGUGAAGCAAUGAAUUGGGAUAAAAAAUAUAAAACUUGGUAUAAACAGCUAAAGUCGCAUAUACAACAAGUUCAAAUGGCUUUGUAUAUACAAGAACUAUCUGAAAUGUAGGGAUUUUAAGAGUAAUGUAGAAAAUAUUUAACGAAUUUAAUGAAUAAAACAUGUUUUAAGAAU